AUGGCUUCGACGAUGAGUCUCGAUCUCGAAAAGCGUAAGCGCUUGCCGACGCUUUUUGAGGUGUUGAGUCGCUAUACGCUCGCUCCUGUCGAUCUCUUCUCCUUCUAUAUUUACAUGCGAGACCAGCAGCGGUCUGUUGAUUACUUGGACUUCUGGCUCGAUGUUUCACAGCACAUGUCCCUCUGCCGACAUUAUGUUCGAGAGUUGCGGCGAUCAGUACUUGUGGCGACUCCAGAAGGUGGCAGCAGACCUUCAUCCACGGUUCUAGAAAAUAUCCCAGAUAUUCCGGCGGAAGGAGGCCCAUCUGGCUUUCGCGGUGCUUCAUCCGAGAAAGAUGCGGAUUCCAGACUUUCUGCUUUUUUACGCUCUGAAAAUCCAGCUCAGCCCUCACCGCCUACCAGUAUUUACUCGGAACGACUUCCCUCUGAAGAACGCCCUCCCCGUCCAAGCUUCAUGAAUUCAACACCUGAAACUCGUAACGACUCCUCAAACUCCCCGGGACACACCGUUGCGCGAACAGAUAUUCGGCGAAGUGCAGAAAAAAUUCUAUAUACUUACCUAAUUCCCGAUUCUGAGCGUGAAAUCAUCCUUCCUCAGGAGAUGGUUGCAUCAAUUAUAGAAAUGGUGGAACGAGAUGGUCGUGAUGAUCCAGAAGUAUUUGAUCAAGCCAAAGAUUAUGUCUUUCAGGCAAUGGAGAGAGAUGCCUUCCCUGGCUUCUUGCAGGCGAAGGCACUAGGCAACCUUGUUCCUCUCAGCAUUAUCGCCCGGUUAGCGUUUGGUUUGACCUGCUUCUGGGGUGCUUUUUGGGCUUCCUUCUUCGUGGUCUUGACUGAUAAGCCAAGAUCCACUCGGUGCUGGGUUAUACUUCCAUUUGUAGUGGCAUCUUAUUUCAUCACGACAUACCAAUACAAAAUUGACCCGGUCAUGGCCCUUCUAGGGUUCAGUGAAUACACGUUUAAUAACUGGCAAAGGAUACAAGAGCCAUAUGUGCGCACUCUUCUCAACAAACGCGCCUUGGCAACGUUGGGAUACGCCCUCCUCAUCGCAGCCGCUCUAAGCAUACUAUUCAUCCUGGUACCGGGUACCGUUCUUUGA